AGUCAGCUUAAUCACAACAACAGUGUAACAUUCAAUAUUAAUGAUUUAACUGAACAAUUAAGUCACAGUGGGAAAAGACAAAAGAAUGCAGUGGCAUUACAUGAGCAGAUAUGCAAAAAACAAAAGCUUUACAAAUGUGUCACAUGUGGCAAGAGUUUUACAGAUAGAAGGACUAUAAAAGUACAUAUGAUAAUGCAUACUGGUCAGAAGCCCUACAAAUGUACCAUGUGUGACAAGAGUUUUACAGAGAGGAGUAAUAUGAUAUGUCAUCAAAGUUCCCACAGUGGAGAGAAGCCCUACCAGUGCAGUGUGUGUGACAAGAGGUUUGCAUGGAAAAGGAGUAUGGUACUUCAUCAGUAUAUCCACACAGGACACAAACCCUACAAAUGCACCAUGUGUGACAAGAGUUUUACACAGAGGAGUAAUAUGAUAUCUCAUCAAAGAAUCCACAGUGGACAGAAGCCCUACAAAUGCAGUGUGUGUGACAAGAGUUUUGCAUGGAAAAGCAGUAUGGUACUUCAUCAGUAUAUCCACACUGGACACAAACCCUACAAAUGCACCAUGUGUGACAAGAGCUUUACGUGCAAAAGCACUAUGAAAAAUCAUCAGUCAAUCCACGCUGGAGAGAAACAUAACUGCAAUGUGUGUGGCACGAGCUUUAAAUACAAAAAUAGUAUGAUAUGUCAUCAGAUGAUCCACAGUGGGCAAACACCCUAUAAAUGUGCCACGUGUGGCAAGAGUUUUCUAAAGAAGAGUCAGAUGGUAAGUCAUCAUCGUACCCACACAGGACAGAAACCCUACAAAUGCACCACAUGUGACAAGCGUUUUGCACAGAAAGGUCAGAUGGUAAGUCAUCAGCUUAGCCACACUGGACAGAAAAACUACAAAUGUGCCACAUGUGGUAAGCGUUUUAGGCACAAGAGUAAUAUGACUAAACAUCAGAAAACACACUCUGGGCAGAAACCCUAUAAGUGCACCAUAUGUGAAAAGACUUUUACACAGAAGGGUAGCAUGGUUAAACACCAACUUAUACACACUAGAGAGAAUACCUAUAAAUGCACCAUCUGUGAAAAGAGUUUUGCACAUCAGAAACAGAUGGUAAGUCAUCAGAGUAUCCACAUGGGAAAGAAAAUCUACAAGUGUGCCACAUGCGAUAAGGGUUUUGAGCACAAGAGUAAUAUGCAUAGGCAUCAGAGUACACACACAGGGCUGAAACCCUAUAAGUGUACCAUGUGUGAUAAGACAUUUUCACAGAAGGGUAACAUGGUAAAACACCAAAAUAUACACACUGGAGAGAAGCCCUAUUAA